AUGGCCCCCGGUCCCCCCGGCCCCCCCGGCCCCUCCGGCCGGGCUCCGGUGGCCUUCGGCCGGCUCGCCGUUCCGCAGCUCCUCGCCGACCUGCAGCAGCCGGACUCCGGCACCAGGCUGAGGGUUCUGGCUUCACUCCUGGACCUGAUCCACGACCCGGAGCGGCUCUACCAGACCGUGACCGAAGGGUUCUUGCAGCAGCUGAAGGUUCUGCUGAAGGACAAAGAUCCGUCAGUGAGGACGAAGACAUGUGAGGUUCUGGAGGUGGUGGCAACACACAGUCUGGGCAGACAGGUCCUGCUGUCCCCCCUGCGCCCCCUGCUGGUGGACCUGCUGGAGGACUGCUGCGCCCCCUGCAGGCGGAGCGUCCUGCGGGUGAUGGAGCUGCUGGCCGUCCCCCCUGCAGGGGGCGCCGCCCUCCUGACCCUGGUUCCCCGGCUGGUGCUGAAGCUGGAGGAGGAGGAGGACGAGGAGGAGGAGGAGGUGCUGCUCCUGUCCGUCGUCGGCCGCUGCUCCCGGCUGGACGCCCUGCCGGCUCUGGGCUCCAACGCCGUCUCGCUGCUCCGUCCCCGACUGACCCACCGCUCCAGCGCCGUCCGCAGGGAGGCAGCCGCCGCCAUGAUGGCGCUCAGUGUUCCUGUUGACGGGAAGCGUCAGCUGUGUGAGCAGGACGUCCUCCGUCUCAUCGUCCCGCUGCUGAAGGACGAAGACGUCCGAGUUCAAACAAACGCAGCAGGAGUCGUAAUGAACACAGUGAUCCUGACCGCCGGAAAGCAGCAGUGUUUGGGUCUGGACGUCGUCCCCGUCCUGCUGGACCUGGUCUCUGAGCCCCCCCAGGAGGACCAGGGGGACCUGGGCGGGAGGGGGCGGGGCCGCAGGAAGCCCCUCCUCCUCUACUCCCUCCAGGCUCUCUCUGCCCUGGCGGAGGCUCCGGCAGGACGGCGCCUCCUGCUGCAGCAGCUCCCCCUGCUGGAGAGGAGGAGCCAGGACGCCCAGGAGGACCCGGACGUCCGGCAGGCCGCUCAGACCGCCAUCAGGGUCAUCACCUGGACCCCCUGAGACCAGGAGC